GCCCGUGUCUAUAGAUUAGUUUGUUAUUACAGCAAAGGUAAUACGAAUCUGGUGUAAAACAAAAUGUUUGCUAGAGAUUUUGUAUUUCUAGCGACGUAAUAUCUCCUGAAGUGCUAUAAAAAAUCUAGCAAUAUUUAAAAAUGACGGAAAAGCCAUUCGAUUCAAAAAGCAAAGAGAUCGAUAAAAUGAAACGUCGUCUUAGGAUUGACGACACUGCUGUAUUAAAUAGUGAAGACGGUGUCCGAUUUGUUAAAAUGGAAAAUCACCCCGACAGUGCAGGAAAGCCAACGGAGUUAUACCUUCAAGGUAACUCUCACUUAAUAUCAAGUACGACGAGUAGCUUAGCGGAUACUCCUGGAGAUUCUGGUGUACUGUGUUUGGACAGUGAAGCUUCCGAAGGUACCAGCCAAGCUCUAAUGUCCCAUAGUCUAAUUGGUGCUGAGGAAUUAAUAAGUGAUAGCUUAUACGAUGCCGCUCCAUCAGGCUCACAAGAUAUGAUUAAGAGCACUAACAGUAGUAUUAUGUCUCGUAGUGAUAUAGACAAUCAAAACAUUGGUGCUUCUGAAGACAUAGUACCUGAGCUAUUAGUUGAAACUCACACUAAAUCAACAUAUGACAAUUUACCUGAUGUUGUUCUGAAAGCUUUAGAAAGUGAAAAAAUCUCCAUAGAAGAAGUGAAAAAGUCUGCGUUAAGAACAAGUGAACCGAAAAAAUCCCAUUCAGAAGAUAUUGUGUACAGAAGAAGAUGUAGAAAAAAAUCGCAAAGUGGGUCAAGCUCACAAAAAAAGCGUGUAUCGUUUCAUGAAGAUAUACUCAACAAUACUAGAACAGACAAUAUACAUAUAGAACAUGGUUUUGUAUCAUAUGAUCAAGGUGGGUCAUACUGUGAUAGAUUUAGAAAGAAAAAUAAUGUUACAGAGAGGUUCUCAUGGUGUGCAUCAGGUGAUAGAUCACCUAAGUAUGCUGCAGAUGUGGCUCAGCAAACAAUGUCUGAUAUCCUGGCUUAUGGAGAUGGCAAAGAGGAUCAGAGUGGUAUAUUUGAGUACUGCAAGAAUUUUAAAGUAAACAAUAAAAGUGAUAAAGACAAUAAUAAUGAAAGUAGACCCAACAGAAAGCUAUACGGAUGUGACUCUAACAGUUCUGAUUCUAACUUCAGUUGUGACUCCGAGUCAUCUAGUAGUGAAUCAUCAUCAUCAAAUUCUAACAAAACAGAGGCAAUAGUACACAGGAAAUGUGAAACAACUCAAAAGUCAUACUCAUGUGACGAAUUUGAUGAUAAUGGACAUGUUACAUAUAUGAGAAAAACAUAUUUCUCAGAGGCUGAUAUUGAUCAGUCUCAUGAAAGAAUGAAGAAACCUCUCGAGGUCACUCAAAGUCCUGUCACUGUUAAGUCUGUUUUAAAAAAGAAAAGAUAUAUCACAACAAACAUUGUAGAAGAAAGAAUGCAAAAUAAAAAAGUUCUCAAUAUAUUAGAUGCUAACAAUAUCAUUGAUUCCUUAAAAAAUUUCUACAAUAAUUUUAAUUUUAACUUUGCAACAGAAAAAGGCUUGCCUGAAAUAAAUAUUGAGCUAAAUAAUGUAAUCGAAGCAUUGCCGUGUGAUGUUAAUCAAAAUAAGCAGCUAUCUAAAAGCUUAGAUUCUGGGUUUCAAAAUGAUGAUGAAGAUGACUUUGUGGAGAUUAAUCUGAGCUCACAAUUGUCUGAGUUAAACAAACCAAAACAAACAGUUAUUCCCCCUAAAAACCAAGUAAAAAAUGGCGCUACCCCUGAGGGGUCUCCAAGGCAUAAAUUGACACUGAAUAUGCAAACACAAAAUGAUAAGAAAUCUCAUAGUAAUUCAGAAAAUUUGCCACCUUUAAGUAAAUAUGUUGUUAAUUGUGAAAGCACUGUCUAUGAGCAUAAAGGGGUUUCAUACAGCUAUGUUCAUGAUACAUUCCAAACUGCCUUUGAAGCCCCAAAAGAAACAUUUAUUCCCAUCCCAGAAACAACACCUGUUAAAGAACUAAUGACUAGUUCAAGUAAAAUGGACCUCAAACAAGAUGAUAAUUCCAGUAAAGGUUCAACACCAAAGAGACAAUUUAAUAAAAGUAUUCAAGAUGAAGCAGAAAUGAAAUCCGGAGUGCCGAAACAUUUGUCAUCACCAAAAAAACAAAAUGUUAAUAGAUAUAGCCGUAAAUCUGCAUCUACUGUGCAAAAAAAUGAUGAAACACAGCAACCAAUUAGUGAUAAUUGCUCCAACACUGACAAUUCAACCUUGAAGGGCGCGGAUGAUUUCAAUGACGAAUUUUUCGACAGCCCGUCCAGUCAAAAGACACAAUCUAAUAAAUCCGCGCUACUUAAUAGAUAUCUAAAAAAUGUUUGCCAACGAAAAGACCUUGAGUUGAAAAUAAGAAACAAUAAAUUUUACCAAACAAAAGUGAGAUUAGAAAAACGUUUUCCGAGCAUCAUAUACCCAUUUAAAGAUGUCUCGGAGACAUUCCGUGUAUCCGCGGAAAGAAUGUCUCGUCUUAUAAACAAAGAGGUAAAUGAGAACAAAAGGCUUUCCGUGCGACUUCUAACUGCUGAUGAACCUUCAUACUUUGAUAGUUUUGAAGAUAAUGUUGCGAUUGAAUGCAAUGAGAAAUUGAGGCUUCAAAUUUUCUCACAUCCAAAUGAAACAUUAAAUAGGAUGAUGAAAGUUCAAUCCCCGUACACCAUGGAAGAUGGUUCAUGGACCCCUCUCCUUGUCUUCAUAACAGACUAUGCCCUGUAUGUUGCCAGUGUGAAGCCAGGUGGAACUGAAUAUGACAUCAUAUGCAAACUUCCACAUGAUCAACUAGAUGCUAUUGCAGUGGGCCCCGAAGCACAAUACAUCCAAGUCAUCGAUGUAUCCGGGAACAUAGCGUGCUCCGUCGUCACCGGGGAGUCAUCGUUGGGCGCCCGACUUGCCACGUCUUUGGAAUGGAGUGCCAGGACUUCGCCGCUCCGAGUUGCGCGGCCACCAGCUAUAAUUCCUCUAAGCUAUUGUCAUUUGGCGUCCGCUGUCACCAAGCAGAGGCGAGAGCGACGGGUACCGCCGAUAUUAUUCUACGGCCGGGCGUGUUCCGGCGACGCCGAAGACAGGCUCGUAGAGGCGCCCGGGGCCUUCGCCCCGCCUCUCGAGGGAUACCUCAUGUGUAGAACUGACAAGAGCAAGAGAUUCGAACCCUGCUACUUUUUACUUCGCGGUGGGGUGCUUCACUGGGGCCCGCACUCACCUGAUGGUUCCCCGCUGCCACACAACAUCGCGCUACGGCACGUGGUGGGAGUUCGGAGACACCUGGACUCCUCCCGUCGCCCGCACUGCUUCGAGAUCGCGCUCAGCGACGGAACCCGCCUGCUUCUGGCAGCGCCUGAUGACCCAACCGCCUCCUCCUGGCUGCAGUCGCUGCUGCUGCACGCCGCCCAGGCUCUGGAGGAGAAAGACGGCGCUAAGAAGCCCAACGUGAAGGCUGGCCCUCCGCCCGCCUGCACCGUGCUGGUCACUCCGUACGAAGUCAUCAGCCUCCGAGACACCCUCGACCUGGCCUUUGUGGUCGGCGCGGCCGCCUAUCUGAAGGAUAGGGGCUCCGAAGCACUUCUUAAAGAGUAUAUCGAGGAGAUGCGCGCUGACAUCGAGAUUCUGGCCUGCGGCUCCAUCAGGAACCUGACCGCCUUCAAGAUCCCCGACACCGAUGAGAACUGGUGUUGCCUGGAGUGGAGCGUGUGCGAGGCGCGCGAGCGAGGGGCGGGGCUAGCGCUGGUGCUGCCCAGUGGGGCGGAGCUUGAGAGACUGAUAGCGGCUCUGGAGGGAGCCUACCGGGCGCUCACGAGCGAACCUUUCCCCCUGAGCGUAGUAGAGGCAUCCAAGUCAGCGUGCAGCACCGCACACGCAAAGUAUGAAGCGGCCUGGGCGCACAUGCUGCCCGCGCAACAGUAGACCGUCUGGGUAGACCCUAACAUGUAUUAUAUUACUUUAAGAGACAGUAGACUUUAACACGUAUAAUGCUACUUUAAGGGUGUAUCACACAGAACGCGUGAGAUACGUGGCGUCCGAUGCUCUGUUUAUUAACCAAUUAGUACUUUCAAAAAUAGCGUAAUUUAUAAAACCUUAAAAGCCGAUAAUCUUGUGAGGUCUGAAGGAUUUUUUGUUUUUUUCUAUGUUUAUGUCCUAUUUCAUUACAAUAAUACAUAGUAGUUCAUAAACAAAGAACUGUUCAUUGUACUGUUGUAGCAGAGUCUAAUUUGAUUUUGGCGGAAUAUCUACGAUCUACAACCAUUAAGUUCUGUAUAAAGGCAUUACAUUAUUACUUAUUCUUAUUUGUUUUUGGAUUAUUAGUUUAACAUACACAAUUUGUGUUUUCACAAGAACGCCACUUAAAGUCGCGACGGUCAUGCAUUCUGUGUGUUAACGCCUUUAGAUACUCCUUACGUAGUAGUAGGUUAUCAGUGGUGUUAAAACUAAAAGAUAUAAUGCUUGCAUUGUGAUUAUGUAAAUAUUAUAAUCACAGACUGCUGUGAAUCUGGUUAAUACUACAGCGACAGCAGAUUUAGAUUUCUCUAUACUGACAUAUUAAUUAUACUAGAUUGAAAAUUUAAAGGGACACAUAAUAAAUAUACUACCCAGAUAUAAAUACUUGUUAAUUUUAUAUUUGUUGCAAUGAAAUACUCAAAAUUUAAUGUAGUAUUUAGUAAGCAUGAUCUAAACCGAAUAAGGACAAAUUUAGGUCCUAUUUAUAAGGUUUUCAAGCACAAUUUAGUGUAAAUAAUUGUAUGCUUAUCAGUAUAUUAGUGAUAGUAGUGACGUAAUUUCAGUUGCUACAGUCUAUUCGCCGAGAGUUGAUAAAUAUUAUGAAGCGUGUUGGAAUAGUGAGUGUCGCGUAAUUAUCGUAAACCAGUAU